AUGGACUACUCUCCCUCCGCUGCCGUCGAGCUUGAACUCCUGGGCCCACUCGGUGACAAUGGUCUUCUGGUCGGCGGCGCCGACGUCGUCGCCGACGGGCGCGGCGGAGGCCGGCUUGCCGUCGCCCUGCACGGCGAGGACGGGGGCCUCGACCCAGCCCUGGAUGCGGCCGUCGCGCCAGUCGGUGACGACGGUCAUGGCGGCGGCGUUGAUGUUGGGGAUGCCGCCGCGGCCGAGGCGGCCGCGUUUGCGCGCGACCUGGACGAGGAAGUCGGUCGUGACGUCGCCGUCGGCGCGGCUCGGCAGCAGCGGCGGCAGGUCGUACGUGUCCGUCAGCUUCUGCAGCAGCUCGGGGGUGGCCGACAGCCGGCGCAGGAGCAGCGUGACGGCGGGGAUGGGGUCCUCAAUGUUCUUGGGCGGCACGGCGUUGAGCAGCACGAGGUGGGCGUGGGCCUCGGUGGCGGUCUUGAGCGAGACGAGCCCCGAGGUCGUGCCGUUGGUGGCCGAGGGGAAGACGAUGCCGGGGGAGUCGAGCAGGGUGAGCUUGCUGUCGAUCUUGACGGCGCGGAUGCUCGUCGUGACGCCGGCCUCGGCGCCCGCGGGGCACGCCUUGGAGGCGCCGCGGCCGCCGCUGAGGCGGCCGAGGAGGGCGUUGAUGACGGAGGACUUUCCGACGUUGGGGUAGCCGAUGACACCGACCGAGACGGCGCGCUUGAGCUGCCGGCUCGCGGCGUACGACUUGAGCGCGCGGAACAGGUCGGCCGACGUCUUCUGCACCGUCAGCUCCUUGUGGUUGAAGGUGUGCGCGUUGGGCGCCGCGUUGGACGCGCGCAGGGGCAGCGUCGGGAAGUAGCGGCGCAGGUGCACGAGCCAGUCCUUGAGGACCUUGGGCGGCACGAGGUCGAUCUUGUUGACGACGAGGAUGAGGCGCUUGCCGCCGUUGGCGGCGGCCAUGACGCUGCGCUCAACGUCGCGGGAGCGGGUGGAUUCCGGGUCGCGGGCGUCGAGCACGUAGAGGAUGACGUCGGCCUGCUCGACAACGUUCUUGAAGACCUUGUCGAACGCCUUGCGCGAGGUGGCGUUGCCGACGGCGAUCUCGGGCGCGGCGUCCGAGUCGUCCGAGUCCUCGUCAUCGUCGUCGUCCAUCUCGUCGUCGUCGCGGAGGUCCUUCUCGUAGCUCUCGGCGGCGGCCCUCGCGCUCGCCAGGAGGGCGGCCAUGGGGUUCGACUCGUCGACGUCGUCCUCUACCAUCAUGUCGUCGUCGUCCCCGACGUCGGCCAUCUCGUCCUGGCCCGUCGACGCAGCCUCGGUGGCGCCGCCCGUCUUGGCGGCCUUUGCCAUCUCGCGGCGCUUCUGCGCCUCCUCCUGCUUCCGCAGCUUCUUCUCCUCAAUCUCCUCGAGGAUCUUCUCCUUGUAGGGGAACAGGUUCGGGAUGCCGGGGUCCUUCUUGAGCUUGGACCGCCAUUCCGGGUUCUGUUUGGCGAGCUUUCUCUGUUUCCUCUGCUUGGCCGCCGACGCCUUUUCGAUCUUAUGCCGGAGGCGGACGGGGUCCUCUUGGACUUUGGCUCUGCGGGUGCCGUCAGUUUAAUGCCCAGACUGCUUUCCUGCAGAGGCGGGACCUACUCUUGGGUUUGUUGA